AUGCCUUUCAGAACCACCAUGUCCUCCAACACCUCCUCCAGCGACGCUGCCACUACACGCUCCGUCUCCUCCAAAGCAUCGACCCUAGAGGGCAUCCAAAACAUGCACAAGAAGUUCCUCGUGACGAAGCAAAAGGCCUACAUUAACGCCAACUCUUCCCCAUGCUUCGCUGCUGCUGAGCACAACGCCGCCGUCGCCAGCUAUCUUGCUCUGCGGUGA